CAUACCAACGUUGGUGCCAAGACGGGGCUGGAUUCCGGAAUGCUGCUGGUCAGGAAAGCUCCCGUGAAUGUUCCAAAAAGCAGCAAAAUCACACCCUCUAUACCUCGAAGCGUUUCUUGGACCUCGAAACUACUUUUCAGUCGCCCACGCAGCCUUCUUCUUCACUGUCACGAGCUGGCAGAGCCCGCCGUCCUGGCGUUUGCGGCAGUGCAGCCUGCGCACAGCAAACAUCAAACCCCCGCUCUCUCUGCCUUCAAGGCUCAGUUCACGGCCUCUCCUCCUAUCUAUAUCUCUCAUCUAUAUCUCUCAAUCAAACUCAUUCAAUAUUCGCGCACAUAAAAUCGAGGGGGCUGUGAUCUUGGUCUCUCGUCGUGGCUAUGCUUGCUCAUGAUUGAUCAUCCGACAGGAGCCGUCGUCAUGAUGUCCGAGAUGCCGGAGCCAAUGAAACGGCCUUGUCUUCCGUGCCGCUUUUGGGAAGGUGGGGUGUUUCGGAGAUAUCUGGGAACGCCGACGACAUGUUACCUCCAUACCACGACGACAAGGGAGAGCUGCGAGGGUGAGAAUGCGAUGGAUGGAGAGGUUAGGAAAUGUUAGAGACG